UUCCCUCACACGCCUCUCACUCUGAAACUCGACGCUUCCUCUCUUCUCUCUCUCUCUCUCUCUCUCUCUCUCUGUUCUCCGAUUCUCUCUCUUUCUCACCGUCUCAGCCUCUCUUCUUCUCUAACUGUAUCUCGGCCUCUUUCACUCUUUGCUCUCACGGCUUAUUAAAGUACAGAUGAAGAACAAAAAGCAAAAGCCUAUCACUGAUUCAAAAGUGGACACCGAAUUGAAGUCUAUCAUUCAUCAGCAUUCUCUGUUCUUUGACAAGUUAGUUGAGUUAAUCCCUGCAAGGUUCUAUCUACCAAACAAUGAUGAGGAGAAGCCAUGGUUUCAGGGCCUUAGUAAGGCCGAAAAAGCUUCAGCAAAGAAGGAAUCAAGGGAGAACAUUAAGAAAGCUCGAAGAGAUCGUAUGGAUCCAGAAAAGGCUUCCACAACAACCCUUGAUUUGCUAAAGAAAAGCUUGGAGAAAGAAAAAUCAAGUGAGAGUGAUGAGGAGGAAAUAGAGAUUAAACCAAUGUUGUCUGGUCAUGAAGGUAAUGAUCGGAAGGUGACUUUAGAGGAGCUUCGGCAACGGCUGCAUCAAAAAAUUGAACAGUCCCGAGCAGGUCGUCAUGUUGAAGAUUCGAAAAGAAAACAGAAGUAUGCAAAAUAUCUCAAAAAAGGAAAUCAGCAGAAAAAACGCAAAAGAGAGUCUGUUUCUGAAGAAAAGAAACCAACUAGUAGUUCUGUAGAUAAAGUGGAGAAGGAUGUAGCAGAGGCUUCGAAGGAACUCGCAUUUAGUCAUGUCAAACUUGGAAAUGAGGAGGAGCAUGGAAAGAAGAAGAGGAAACUUUCGAAGUUUAAGGAGCUUGAAAGGGCAAAGAAAUUGGAGGAAGCAAUGAAAGAUCCUGAGAAAGGUGAGGUUAUCUCAAAGAAGCAUUCGUGGAAAUCAGCAACAAGUAGAGCAGCUGGGAUGAAGGUUCAUGAUGAUUCAAGCCUGUUGAAAAGGAGCAUACACAAGGAGAAGAAGAGGCAUCAGAAGAAUGCUGAGAAAUGGAAGGAGAGGGCACAGACCACAGAGAAGAUGAAAGCAGAGAAACAGAAAAAGAGAUCAGAAAAUAUAGGACAGAGGAUUCACGAGAAGAAAAUGCGGCGAAUUGCAAAGAGAGAGAAAAAGCUAUUGCGUCCAGGAUUUGAAGGUCGAAAGGAGGGUUUUAUUAACGAAGGUUCAUCUUAAAAGUUUUGAGUUUCUUUGCCUCUUACAUUGCAUUUUUUUUUUUUUUUUUUUUUUAAUCUUUGCUUUAAGAUCAGUUGGCAUAAACAUCAUAUUAAAUUAUAGUAAAGUUUCAAUUUAGGGAUUAUGUUAUAUAGAUCCACCUUUUGCCUUCCCCUUCCCUUCUUAUACUCUCUUUUAACUACUUAGUAGAUGAAUAUUGUUGAAGAAUUGUCCUUCAGUUGAUAUCUGCAAAUGUUUGUUGCCGAAUGCUGAUAUUUAAUGGUCUGAAUGUCAUC